AUGUUUGAUGCGGAUGAGCCAAUUUCAGAUUACCAAAAAGUUAUUCGAGGUAUGUAUCUCAAUAAAGGUGUACAGGAAGGCUGUGACUAAGCUCAGUUGUCUAUCUCAAUUACCUGUACAGAGGGUCUGCAUAUUUCAGUCGGUUUAGACUGACCAUUUCUUAAGGGCUGAGUUUGCAAAGGUUUGUUACACAGCUCUUAUAUUAUGUGUAUCAAUAUUGUUUUUUCUCUCUUGCAGAGCGAGCAUCUCAAAGCCUCGGACCUCUCAGAUAUGCGUUGAAUUCUCCUGUUAAAUCACCUGGCUCCAGGAAGUAUAAAGGCGAUUCCUACAGCUCAGCAGGUAGUAUUGAUGAAAGUGUAUGAAUACUUAAGGAUUUCUUGGGGAUGUGGGUUAUGGUGGCCGCACAGAAUGCACUAGUACAAAAUAAAAUUACCUCAGAAGACUUCCUCAAAACACCGGCUAGUAAUAUAAUUUACUGUAUUGAUGGCUAUCUGAACUUCUGUUGUGUUGUCUCUGCUCAUCUAGUGGUUCCAACUUUCCAUUGAAAAAUUACAUCUUUCUCUUUGAGUUGAUUUUUUGUGUAGAAGUAUGCACACAUUCAUAUCCAACUUAAUUGUCACCAUGCACUCCUUCCUCACACUUUUCCUCCUUGUCACAAUGUAUUGUUUUUUGUUGUUGUAUGAUUUUUAUCAAGAAGUUCACUGUCAACAGUGUUUCAGGUAUGUCAGCCCUGUUUAAAGCAACAACACAAAAAUUACCUAUAUCGACACUCAAUUGUAAUUUAAGCAUUUAAAUGACAAAAACAACAACGACAAACUUUAUUUAACUUAGCAAUUUAAAUACAUAUCUAGCUUUCCCUACUCACAAAUAGAGAAGUGUAACAACUGUGAACCAGAAGCAAUCAAACCCAAAGCUGUGUGGGAUGUGUACGUGUAUUUAAUAUGUAAUUAUUAAUUUUACAUUCUUUUUGCAAUUUUUUUUUGGGAUGAUUCUUUAAUUUUAGGAAAUUUAGGAAAGGACAGAUAGCUUCAUUCAUUCACCACUUUCAACUCUUUGGGGUUUCAAUGUAUAUACCCAUUAAUUAUACUCAUGAUUCACUGUUAAUACUUUUUAGUGUCUGGUUUUUUUACAGUCAAGUGAAUGAAACAAAGACAUGUUAUACAUUGCUUAAGUUUGUUUAUGGAAGGUACCCCAAGGAAUAUGUGGCCAAAAGUUUAGAGUUUUAUAACUUUUUGAAGUGUGCUACAUGUAAGUUUCAUCAAACUUUUGUGUUCAAGAGUGGCCAUAAUUUCCUUUGCUAUGUUCAUAUUAUAGUCACAAGGCUAAAGACUUUGCUUCAGCAGUACAAUGACUCACAGAUUUUGGAGCCAAGAGCUGCAGCUACUUCUCAGUCAGUAAGUGAUUCAAUUUCAUGUUUAUUCUUUAAAAUUAUUUGCUAUUUGCCAAUGGACAAAUGAAUAUCCAGUGAAACAACAAAAAUAAAAGGUAGGAAGGCUUAGAAAUAAUUAACAUUAGAUCUCCUUCAAACAUUCACAGAUUGGAGCAGUACCAGACAGGAGCCAUUUGCCCAACACAGAUGAAGUAACACAGCUUUUGAACAACCAGUUCACUGUAUUACAAUACCUUGAGGGCCAAGUUGAGUUCUACAAGGUGAGGUUACUGCUUUUAACCUUGAUCAAUGUAAAGUUAAUAAGAGUCAAUUGUAUAAUUGUUCUUAUGGGGGAAGUCCAGAAUGGAAGUGUUGUAUGGAACACUGACUUGGCAGCCUAAGUACUCUGUACCCUAAAGCAAUUCUUGAAUGAGGUUGAGCAUGAUAUCAUGGAUUAUCAACAACUAGGUCUCAGUUAUCUGCCAUAGGCUCAAUAGGCAAAUAACUCGGACGUGAAGUUUGAUAUUAAAUAAACAAUAGCCUCCCCUUGGUGUAAAAAUACACAGAUAUUGUCUGCAGACAUUACCUGUUCCAAGAUGUGACCAGUUUUCUGAGAGGGAAGUUCUAGGAAAACUGUGAGUUUCAGGGGACAGAUAAUGCUUUAAGACAAAUAUCUGUGCAGAUUUCACAGCAAAUAGUCCCAGGCUAUUGUGUUUAUUAUCCUUCAAAGAUUUUUUACAAAGUGCAGUAAAAAUACUUUUGAACAGCUCACAGUUUGCUUACUUUCAGUAUUCUUUGGUACGACUAUGAAAAAACAAAGAAUUUUCCCUUCUUCUGUGAUGAUAGCUAAAUGCUCUUCCAUUUUUAAGUUUAAACAAUGCUUUCAUCAUAGUGGAUAUAAAGUUUGAAAAUUAGAGAAUUUCACUGGAGGUAUAUCCUCAGAUAUUCCCCAGUUUUAGCUGGCGAUUAUUUGAGAAUGUGAUGCGUAUUGACCAAUUAUGCUCAAGCAAAAAUAUUUGAUGGAUUAUAAUUCAUGAUAUCAUGAGAAAAUAGAAUUGAAUAAUUUUCUAAUUGCACACUCUUUCAUCAAUCUACAAAAAAGACACUUCUGAUUUUAUAAAAGUUUAAGAACACUACACAGAUAAAGGCUUGGAAACCAGACAGACUUUGAACUUGACAUGAUAAAUACAAUAUCUGCUGCAGAAAUCAUGACUGUUAACUUUACACACUAUUGAAUACUAAUUAAAUGCUCUUAACCACUCGUGUAUAAUGAUCACAGUUAUAUGAAGCUUAAAAAUCAUUAUUGAAACCAUUCAACACAGUUGACUUUUCAUUGUUUCCCUUUGCCAUAAUUAUAGGAUGCCCUGGAGUCUCUAAAACAAAGAGCAGAACUUGUGAUUACAGAAAAUGAAAAUCUGUUUGAUCAGCUCAAGACUCAAGCCAUUUCCCAAGUGCUAUCAACAGGAGAACAAAGCAAGUCUGAGGUAACAAGUGACACGCUAACUGCAAAUGUUUUGCAUACCUUGCCAAAAGGUCAAAAGGUUAAUUCUGCACCUACAAAGUUCAGAAGCUUUCCCCUGGCUUUGUAGCAAUUGGAGUGAGCAGAAGUAUUAUGUUACUAUACCCCUAGAUGGGAUACUAAUCCACCAUAGGUUGCCCCCUCACUUCCCCCCUACAUCUUGUCAGGUUUCCUGACAGCUCUCCAGUAUGAGCGAAGGGAGGGAUUGUAAGUUAAGAGUGUCUUGCACAAGAACCCAACACAAUGAGUCACACAGAUGCUGAACCUUGAUCUUUCCACAUGCAGUCUAGUUGGCUGAACUUAAGGGUCAUGGUGUCUAAUACUAAAAAUGAUUUUUAUGAAUUUUUUCCAGAAAGGCUCUCUCAUGCAAGCCUGAUUAGGAAGAAGAGCUGUCAAAGCAUUAUGGUUUUCAAUUAUUAGCUUGACUCUUUUAACAAUAGUGAUCCUAUAUCAUUAUGAAAUAUUGAUUUCAGUUCAUAACCAUAAUUCACAAGAAACAGGCAUCUUUUACUUUAUGAUUUUUCGUUACAAUGUACCUACAUGUAUUUGAUGCCUUAUCAAAUCUAAAUGUCUUGUCGCUUAAAUUAUAUGGAUCAGUUGUCACUGAUCACUCAAUACUUUAUUUAAUGUUAUUUAUUGCCCUCUGCUUAGGAACAAUUUCCAUCAGGCCCCACAUUGGGGAUCCAAAACAAAGGUUGGGUAGGUCACAGACAGAAGACAGCACCAUUAGUGGUGAUGGAGAUGAUGAUGAGGUGAGGCAAGGGCAAGGCACCUUGCCAACUGUGCUUCAUGAACACAGCAAAGCACAGCCAGUGAGGGGCUUGAAGAAAAUGGACAGGGAAACUAUGAGAACAAAGGAACUUGGUUUACAUGAUAUAGUGCCAAGUGAAAGGGAUCCCAGAAAAUCCUUAAUGCCAUCUGUCAUGCAAAGAUCAGCACUUGAAUCUUCCUUUGGAAUUAGUAACCUUGAUUCCCAGGUAAUUGUUCUGAUGUAGUUUUGUAUGGUCCAAUCACCUACACAUGUUUACGCACAGACAUUAGAAAUGUUCUAUUACUUUUGUGCCAAUUAUUAUUAAAUGACACUGACUAUAAAAAACCUGGCAUCUAAUUUUUACUUAAAAUAUCACCUUAAAUCACACAUUAAGUUUGCAAGAAUAAAGGAAAUGAUCACCAACUAUAAAAUCUCUUGAAUGUGGAAAAAAUUCUCUCUGUUAGCACCUAAGUAAAUUUUUAGAGAACAGUAUUGAGAUUAUGCUUACUGAUAUAGAGUGUAAAGGAUCUAAUUAUUUUUAUAAAACCUGUAAUAUAAUUUUUAUAGUGAGAAGAUAUUGUAAGGAGAAAGUAUGUCAAGCAUUUAAAUUGUUGAUUGAGUAAUCCAAACUGCUUGUUUUUUGCAAAAGUAUGGAAUCUUUUGGGCUGUACAUGGUGCAUUCUAUAGUAACAUGAUUUUCAUGCACCAAUGGAUUCAUCACCUCUUUCGUAAAACUUUGUAAACUUUAUAAUUAUACCACUUGAAAGGAUUGCAGACCUUCCACUUAUCUUCCACUUGAUAUUCACUAAAGUCAAACUCAACUUACAGCUGUACAAUGUUCACAGGAGAAAAAGAUUUUAAUGGUGACAUAUUCAAAUCAAUUUGUAGAUUAUUUUAUAUUUUUCCUGUGAAGGUAUUCUUUGUUUAUGAAAAAGAUACAGUUUACAAGCAAUUAUUUACAGUAUUAAAUCUGUUUUCACAAUUUCAAGUUCUGCUAAAUUGUACACCAUUUACACACAUCCAUUUUCAAGUUCAUGUCACCACUGAAAUAAUUAUUUUACAUCUUGACAGUUAUUUAUGUCUGCCAAUGAAAGAAAAUUUGUUAACCAGCUUGAAGAAGAGGUGGUAAGUGCUUUUAAACAUAGCACUCUCACAGUAAUGUAGCUUUUGCUCCAUUAUAUGCUAAGGACGUAGCUUUUAGGCUCCCUAUCACUUUUUAGUACAAAUCUACCAAUAUUCUAUCCCAAACAAUCUUAUUGGCUGUGCUACCUAUCCCAACUGCUACAAUCUGAUUGGCUGUGCUACCUAUUCUGUGGUAAAUGGUAAGAAAGGGAGUGCUCUAAGUAACAGUGUGGGGUCUUAAAGUAAAAUAAAGAUGUGAGUCUUUUGUGUUGAUAAGUUUUGAACAACUGGUACAGUAUGUUAAACAAUUACUCUUUGAGCACGCAUUGAAUACGAGAUGGUAAAUAGCCAGUAAGGUGUAUAAUAUUGAGUUGGCUAAUAUCCAAAUAGCCUGAAUAGAGUAAUUGCUUUAUUAAAUUUCAUUAAAUCCUGAACGUUUGGAUAUUUGAAGCAUUUUUCAGCUCCACAACAGUUGGUGCAACACUUUCCCUUAUAUUGAUGAGGCUAAUUUCUCAUCAACUUACAGCUGUACAUUUAUCAGGGGAUAGCAAUCUCAAGUUAAUAAUCCAUUUGUUAAAUACCACAUUAGGCUUCCAAGAGUUUUAUUCCCUUUUUGAAAUAGAAUUUACCCUCAAAUUACCCACCCACUCUGUACAGUUUACGUUAUUGGUUUCUAUGAUUAAGCAAACUGUUGCAGAAUUGAACGUAUAUUCACUGCUUUGUCAUUUACAGGAGAAAAUCCGGAAACUGCAUGAAGCAAAGACAAGACAUCUGGAGUCUCUUCUUUAUUCAACAAGGUGAUGUCGCGUUCCAACUGAGUAACAACUUUCUCACCUUACCAUCUUGAUUUUAUUUUGUGUGUUUGUUACAGUUGUUCUUACCAUGAUGUUAAUCCUUUAUUAAAUAUUCUCCUUGACAUGGGAUGUUAGUGAAUUAUCCAGCUGUUCUGAGUGAAAAAUAAGCUCUUUUUCAUGGGUCUCUCUGAGUGGACAGACAUUAGAGUGUAUUUUCACACCUAAUAGAGGCCUUUCUUCUUAAUUUAGACAUGCUACAGCCUCUAUGAGAUAUCGCUGAUGAGUUUGUGUAGCUUGAUCUAACAAUGAACUUCUGCUUCGUUUUGUCAUCAUGCUCUUUGGCACUGGUUGCCCGACUUUAAUGGGGCCAUCUCAACCUUUUUUCUUUUCUUUUCUAAUUUUAAUUUUUUUAGAGAUGAACUUGAAGACUACCAGAGGCAGUUAUCAGAGCUGCAAGCAAAAUUAAGGUCAGUGAGAAUGAGAUAACAAACUACAAUUAUAUGUUGUUUUUGUUACUUAAAAGAGUAAAGUAUAAAGUAGUACACUUCUACAUGUUAAUGCCAAGUUCUACUUGAUGUUCCUGUCAUUUUUUUCGAAAUUAUUAAUUUCCAUAUAUUAAUUUUACCUGUCUUGCAGAGCUCAAAAAGUAUUAGAGGAUCAGGUAAGACAGUUGCACGGUUAUGUCGUUGUUUAUGAGUUAGAGAUUAUUGAUUUGUCAAAUUUGGGAGUUUUUUUGUUGUUUUUGGCAUGGUUUGUCUUUUGGUUCUGGUUUAUGGUAUUGUGGGGCUUUUAUUGCCUUAAAAAUUUGCUAUGGACAGUUUUCGUCAAGAUAGUUCUUAUUUGAUGUUGCAAAGGGAAAAAAUACUCUUGAAUACACUAGAAAGAAAUCUUAGUUAAUAAGUAAUGUUUUGCGAGUGUGAAAUCGAAGGUGUACGAACAAGGAUGAUUAAAGAUGGCUUUUAAAAGAUGUAUUGAGGAUGACUUUCUCUGGAUGAGCAAAGUGUUACUUAACCCUUUACUUUUAUUUCUGGAUAUGCUUGCGAGUAAUGAUAAAGCAUACAUCUUUUGCUUAUUUUAUCAGAGAGGUCAACCAGCCUUGUGCGUCAAAUGUGGGCAUCAUUCUGCCGUUUUGUCCAAUACACACAGUGAAGCAGCCAUAGACACAAUCAAUCAACUGACAAAGUAAGAAUCUGAACGGGUGUAUCAAGAAAUACCCUGAGGCCAGGGAAGGUUUCUUAGAGUCAAUAUUUAAAGUGAAUCUAGUACGACACACGACUAGCCGUGUUCAAAACAGGCCUUGGUAACAGCCCCCCCCUCGCCCGCCGAAAUCAGAGGUUCCUCGCAUGUACUUAGUGCAUUGAGUGGAUAAGCUUCGUUGUCUCUCAUCUGCUUCAUUAUAGUAAACCCAAUGUAACCAACAUUUAAAAUAAGAACUUGUAAGUUUGCUUGGUUUCGUUCUGUUAUUGUUAUUGUUAUUUUUUUUUUGUUUUUUUCUGAUGUUUUUUUUUUUUUUUUUUUUUUAUAUUUUUGUUUAACAUCUUGCCCUGUUUUCAGAGAGAGGGAUGAUUUGAUGAACAUGUUGACAGGGCAGAAAGCCGUCUUAGCUGAGGUUCGCCAGCGGGAGUUUGAAGCUUACAACCAAGUGAAAAAGAGCUGUCAUAUGGUGGAACAGGCUCAGCUAGAAAAGGCAGAGGUAUUGUGAUGUCAACAUAUAACUAAAUAAUGAGUGUGCGUUUACAAUAAUUUAUAUUGACGUGCAUCAUACAUGAUUUUGCUGCAUACAUUUUGCAGCCGUUGCAAGCGCAAACGUUACACUUUGACAUGAAAUAGUGAGCAUUGUCGCUAGAAAUUGUGCAAACUGUUAUCAGUCAGUGCGAAAUUUGCAUUUCCAAUAUUACACUUUCCAAUAUUAUUUGCAUUUCCAAUAUUAAGACAGCGAGUGGAAGUCGCCACGGCUUUUUAUCGUAUAAAAUUUCGACCUCAACGCGGUCCUGUUAGGUAGCUGGUCACCCACGAAUAAUUGGAACCAAACUUAAUAAAAACGAUAUCAAAAGGCUUCAAUUGUGGUUAAUUUUGGGUGUGAACUUUCGCUAGGCCAUCAUUCAUGUUCGCCAGCUCCGAGAAGAUUUGCGGAAAGAACGAGAGCGACACGAAAACAGCAUGAGAAUGUUCAGCGAAAAAAUGGACAUGGAGAGGAAAAAGGUACAAGAAGCAUGUCGGGAGGAGGUCAGCGGGCUUGUUAAACAGGUGCUUUUAGAAUUUUUGCGUAAAUUUAUAUGUUAAGUAAAUUUGUGUGUCUGUUUUUUUUGUUUUUGUUGCUAACUAAACAUGAAAAAAUAUCAUGGCUUCAGAGUGAAUUAAUCGUUUAAUUUGGGGUGAAGAGCAUCUGAACAUCUUCGAACUACAGUACUGCUGUAACAGUAGAAAAGCUAACGAAAUAACACGUUGAUUUCAAAAAUCACAAGACAUGUGCUGCAAACGCAAUCAGUAAGAAAUAAUUGUACCAGACAUAGCGAGGUUGCGACGACUCAGGGAGGAUUGAAACCUCAUGUGUUCAAAAAGUGGAAGUUUGUUAGUUGGACGGUAAUCGAAAGUUCAAACGCCUUUACAAACUUCAUUUAGUCAGGAUUGCCCCUUUAAAAGUCCGAGGCCGUACAUUCGAACGGUCGUAAUUGUCAAUGACAUAAGAAAGAUGGUGAAAUGAAAUGAAGAAAGACGUAUUUUCGUCAUGUCACGGGCUUGGGACAACGAAACUUCUGAAUCCCUGGAAGGAACCAGACCUCAGACCUCCAGAUUCUGCGCUUCGAUGCUGACCCCACUGAACAACAGAGACGCUACGGCGAUUUAGGGCAUCACAAAGUUCACUUGUGACCGGAUACUGUUAAGAUUAGCAAAGGCGAAAGAAAAUGGAGAAGUGUGUCUUAUUGCAUAGAAUUUACGUGAUGGUCAUCAUACAACCUGGACAAGUAAACAUGUGUUUUUCCGAUCGAAGAAAAAAACAAACAGGCUCACACUGUUCCUUUUUUAUGGUGAAUAUUUUCAUGAACGCCGCGAGAUAGCUGAGGGUAAGUUCCUUUUAAAUACUUUUAUGGUGCAAAUUUAAAGGUAUAAAUGUUAAUCACUCUUCCUGCGGUGUAAAAACACCUCAGGUUGUCUAAAACGUAACUUUGAACGGCUUUUUUGAAAUGGGAAUUUCAACGGCAAUCCAUGGAGGACAGAGAUCACAUUUUGUUCAAAAACCAGACUUCCUCACAAAUAAAUAUUAUCUCUACUAAAGAGAAAUUCGUUUGAAUUUCUACUCUGGCCUUAUUGAGCUUAAUGGCCAGUAUCGGGAAACUGGGUCUAAAUAGCCAGGAUUUUCUUUCCCAGUCUCCUUCUGGUGUUGACAAAGUGAAAGCCGGCAGCGAGCAGAAAGGUAGGUGAUGUGUUCCUCAUAAUGGCUAAAAUGUAAAGUGAUAAAUGAGAUUAGAGUCUAUCUUUGUGUUUUUUUUUCCUUUAGUUAGCUCGAGUGUUCUUUAGAUACCUGUUUGCGUUUUCUGAGAGGUUUAAUUUUUAUGUAUUCCAGGCGAAGCGACCUGAACACCGGAAGCGAAGCCACAAGUAUAGAGGCGGUUUCAAAAUAUCAUUAUCGUUGGCGGUAAGUACAGUGUAUGAGCAUACAUUUAAUAAAACAUGUUCAUUUAACCCGGCAAUAAAAUUGGAACCAUAAUUGCUGAAGAAUCAAUUGGGAAUAAUAGAGGAUGGCUGAAUUGAUUGAAUUGCGUAGUAACCUCUUGACGGGUCAAGAAAUUUUACCGUUUCUUUAUCGCCAUUCUUUUGUUGACUGGUUGAAUGUAACUUUUGUUGACAUAUUGUUUUCAGUUAAGGUUCAGCCGAUGCACUGUUACAAUUUGUCUGUUUACAACCAUUCCUUAUUUUAAUUUCGUUUGGCGAGUGUAAGGUGAAACAUGUUUAUUUCCACCAAAGUCACAUGAUCUAGUUCACGCAAUAAAGUUGUUUUCUUUAGCUUCAUAGUCAUAGGUUGGUCACGUGGUCCGAAGUGGGUGAAUAACAGUGGCGGCCUUGAAAAUUAACUGCAAAACGUAGAGGGUUGUCCACUAUCAUUGCGUUUGUAACUGCCACAAUAUUUCCACAAAUUCGGAUUUGUCUUUUCAUAAAUAUCCUGUGGAUACUAAGCUUCAGAUGAUAAGUAUCCAUGCCAUAUUUUUUCAACCGCUUGUGGCACAAAUUUGUGUUUUAAUCUGCGUGAGUAAAUGGUCCGAAUAUAAGUUAAUCUCUUCCCGAUUUAAAAAUUGUUGUUUUUCAGUUUCUUUUAAAAGAGAUAUUGACUUUCAGGAUGAAAUGAGAUCAAAGUAUAAUAUAAGAGUGAGAUCUGGUACCAAAGUGUGCUCUGAACAUUUUGAAGAGGAGGAUUUCAAAAGUUCGCAGAAAGACGAUUUAAGAGAUUGAAUCGGAUGGCGCCUGUCCUUCAUUGUUUUUCUGGUCAACAAGAAGUUAAUUAAAAAAGAAAUAGUAUUUCGUUUUUAGCCAUGCCUUAUAAUGUUAGGCAUUGUUGUGACAGGCCAAACUGAAUUACUUUAAUAUCUGGGAAAAACUCAGCGUUGACCAGAAGUUGGACAUGAAAAUGAUAAACCUGUGCGGGAUUUCUCAACAGUUCUUCACCGAAAUGUGACAGUUUGAAUUGCUCAGGUUGUCUUGGUCUCUUUAAUUUUGAGAAAAAAUUCCGACUGUCGGUUAUCUAGUGAUUUGAGAACCGUGACGGGCAGUUGAUCUCACGCGAUUUCUAAGUAAUCUGAGUCAGCGUAAACCGAGCGCUAGAUAUGAGAUUUAUCAAUCUCCUCGAGAUCGCUUAGCAGUUACUCAUCGACAUAUAAUAAUUUGGAUUGCAUAGGUUGUCUCGAUUUCUUAAACUUUACGAAAAAUGUCUAACUAUCGGUCAUCUAGUCAUUUGAGAAUCGUGACCGGCAGUCGACCUCACGCAAUUUUGACGCCUCCUUACUCUGGGCCCAGAGUUAAACAUGACCGAGUGUUAGAUAUGGCAUUUAUAAAUCGCUUCGGGAUCGCUUGGUGGUUCCUCAUCGACAUGUAAUAGUUUGAAUUAUACAUUCUCUCAAUAUGUUGCAUUUUCGGAAAAAUAUCCGACUGCUACUCAUUCAGUCAUUUGAGAGCCUUGACCAGCUGCCGAUCAUGUAACCAGAGCGUACCAAACAAAAAAAAGAAAAAACUUCACAGCUUUCGACAAAGUAUCUCUUCAUUCUAACCUUAAAUCAUAAAAUCGUCAAAAUUUCCAUAUUACCAUUUCUUUAUCUUAUCUUUGAAAAUGAAAAUUUGUCCAUAAGAUGUCGUCCUUUAGCUAUUUUUAAUUCUUGUUUACCCACUAUAAACGAUCACCAAGAAUCAUUUAAUCAAACGCUGUAAUUCUAGGUCAAAUAAUUUUUACUCGACAUGAGUAUGCCAUCAUUAGAUCGAAUGAAGUUUAUCACCAACGGUUAGAACUAAGAGGAGACUGUUCUCAAAAUUUAUUUUUCUUUCCAGGGAAGAUGGCGUCUGAGUGUAAAAUGAGACUAUAGAAAAUUACAAUUAACUUUCGAUAUCGACUGAGACUGUUCUCAAAAUUUAUGUACUGCCACAUUGACUACCCCAAGCGGUUGGGUUGUCCUAGGAGUCGUUGGUGCAGUGUGUGUAACUGUUGCAGUAGUAACUGUUGUGGUUAAGAAGCAGCAAAAAGAAGGAAAGAGAAAACAAAACUGAUUAGACUCGAAUACUUGUUAACAUAAAAUUUAGAUGUCAAUGGCGUUCUGAAUAGCAAGUUACUUUUUUAUCUUAAAAAAUUUUUAUUUUGUCGCUUUAAAUGUUACUUCUUAUGAUGGAUAUAAAAAACAGAACUGAGCAGACUAGUGUAAUUGUCAAAAUACGAUUUGGAUGUAAAGGACAGACUGUAUAUUAAAAUGAUUUUCUGUCAUUAAAUAGUAGUGUUUAGUGGUGUUUAAUUAAAUUUUUCAUAAAGCAUUGCAGAAUAAAAUUAUGAAAUCGGUUGGUAUAAAUGCUUCUCUGAUUGUGUAAUAGAGUCCUGUCAAUUCUCAUGUCUUUGAACAAUUUUUCAUGAUCCUUAAUUUCCGUUCAAAGCUUAAGCUUGAAUCUGUAAUGCCACUCAAAUAACACCACAGUUGUUUGUAGUUACUUAUGCAAAAGAAAGCAGUUUUAAUUAAAUGGAUCAGACUGUGCAAUUUUUUAAUUUAAAUUAACCCUUUCUCCCCACCCCUUAAAAAAUGGAUAUAUGAAAAACAAAAACACAAACAAACUACUAAACAGUAAAAAAACAACAACAAAAACAAAAAACAAAACAAAACAAAAAAAAGGAAAAAAGGGAAAGAAAAAGAACAGCAACAACGGCAAAAUUCACUAUGCAAAAAUUUGGGUCAAUCAAUUCAAUUACUGUUCCCAUACAUUCAUCCAAAUAGGAGAUAAUUCACAUUGAUGAUUAUUUCACUGACCGACACUGUACUUACAGUAGUUCUGCAGUUAAUAUGAACACGUUUUUGUAGUCAUGUUAUGGUAUAAGACCGUUCAGGUGAAGGUACAGACGUAUAAACUUGUAAGCGGAUUCAAACGUCUCAAAUACCUCAGCAAACAUUUAUCAAACUUUAGUCAAAGGUGCCUGACUUGUAGUUUUUCCCAAGUCACCUCUAUCACAGUCACUAUCACUCCUUUUCAGGAUUAGUCUCUGGACAAUCUUGUCGUGAGUAAAAAAUUCAAAUUUUUCUCUCACUUCCAACAAUUAAUCAAAGACCAAUAAGACUCCUAAACAAAGUUCGAAAUUCUGUAAUUUAAAAAAUAUGAUUGACGUGUGAAAGGCAAUGGAAAGGAACUUAAACUGUUAUUAAUAUGCUUGGGUAAUUCGCGGCUAAUAUGCAUGUUUUUUCACUUGAUUUCCUGAUAAAAUUAAGGAUGCUAACCAACGACAUUUGUCUGUUUCUAACGAUUGCCAAGAUGGGUAGUGUUGUUGUUGUUGUUGUUGUUGUUGUUGUUUAUUUAAUUAUUAAUUUGGUUAAUGUUUUGUCUUUUUCAGUUUUGUUACAGUGCAUUGUUGCAAUUUUUUUUAAGUUCAAGUUUUUUUGUGUCUUUACUCUCACAGAUAGAAUCUUCAAGAGAGGCUCGGUCAGCGCUGGAGAAUCAACUAGAACGGCUAACACGCGAAAAGGUUCGUGUUUAUCGACUUAUCUUCUGGGGAUAAUAUACUUAUUUCCUGGAGAUGAUUAUUUGCUACGCUUAUCCUUGUUCCUCAUUCUGCGUUCAUUUUUCAGUUUCUUUAUUUUUACAAUGUGUUAGGUCGACCUGAUGGCAGAGCUGGAACAAGCAAACAGCCAAAUCCUGGCGAAUGCAUCUGAAAUUUCUAAGGUAAGUCUAAGGUUGGUCCAUGCCUUAUGACAUGAAAUGAGAGCUCUAAGCGCGAAGAGAUUGGGACGAGACAAGAUGGGUGGUGAUCCAUCUCAUACCAUAGGUUUGGGUCCACUUUCACCACACACUUGUUGGAUUAAAGUUUUCUUUUAUCGGUGGAAAGUCUCUUCGAGUUAGUGGGAUUAUGACAUUCAAUGUGUGUUACGUUUCACUGGCGCGUCAAUUAGGCUUGUGUAGCACAAGAGACACGUGAAAAAUACAAAGAGUAUGUGGAAUAGCUCACUCGUAUGGUCAAUCUAAGGUUUUUGAGUUUUCACCAGGCUAAUGAGACUAUGGAGAAAGAACUUGAACAAACACAAAUCAGAUUGUCAACUGCUUCACAAGAAUUGCACUCAGUCAAAGCAACUGCUCAGCAAGCGCAGAGGGAAAGAGAGCAGGUAACAGAUAAAAUACAGCGAGAAAACGUGUUUGAUGUAUCCAUAGACAAUUACAGAUCUCUGACCACAUUGCUCAUGCUCGUCUGUUCAGGAGAGAAUACGGCUGACAAGUGAAAUGGAUGAACUUAGACGGCGUCUCCAAGAAGCUGAACACUCGUGGAUGGAAUGUAAAGAGGACAGCAUCAGAUUUACUGAAAGACUCAAUACUGCAGAGCGAGAAGUAAGUGCAUAACAGCGUUUUUUUCUUUUAGUCGUUUCUUUUCUUCGUCCGUUCGUUUACCCUUCAUCCUGCCCUUACCUGGCAUUAUCUGUCGCGUGAUUUAGCAGAGUGGGCUGGAAAUAUCCCGGCGCCGCGUGAACCGCAGGAGCAAGGCGCGGAUUACUCUGAGUAAGACAAAACUAUUGUCGAUUAGUUCAAAGGCUUUUGAUUAUUCAUAUACAGGCUAAAAGUGCCAUUGCUGCGAAAGAGAAGCUGGAGAAAACCAGGGCGGAAGAUUUCGAACAACUCCGGAAACAAAGCGGACAAAGAGAUAAGCAACUCACCACGCUCUUACAAGAGACAGAAACAAGGCACAGUAAGUGAAUUUUUAUCGACCAUUUCUUCUCUGUGAGUAUUCGAUUCCUCUUAAGAAGAAAUACAGCUGCUUCUUCGUGCCUUAUCAGGGCUCGACGCAUGCAUAAUGUGCGCUAUUUUGAAUGUUUAAUUGGCAAAAAACCAAAAAUAUUUCUUGGUCGAAGCUUGUACCGUUAACAAAAGUUAAGGCUGUAGUCAUAGGAGUCGUAGUUUGAGUCAAAAGCAGAGUUUUUUGACCAGAAAGUUUCAGAUUUGGGAGAAUCAGAACGUUGCCAUUUUCUUCCGAUUUCCUCUUUGACCUGGCGCUUAUAAACCUAUGGGAACUUUAUAAUCCUUUAGAAAUUUUAUUACCUGAGGGAACUUUUAUCGGAGAUGCCGUAAACAGAAGCGAAAGAACCAACCAAAAACAAUGAAAGGCCCUCUGAGUACGACUCCCAACAGUUUAUAAUAAGCGACGGAGUUGAAGGCGGCAUCGGUAUCCUACUUCCGAUACCAUCUGUUUGAUUUUCAUUAGAUCUUAUCGUUCUGCGCUGUUGAUUAUAUUAUUACGACAUCGUUAAAAGUAGCUUUUUGUUUUCGGAUAUGUGUCAUUAUACAUGACUCGCUCUGCUUUCUGCAGCUCAGUGUAGAACUGAAUUGCAGCAGAUGCUCGAGGCUGAGAUUCAUGUGUGCAACAAAAUGAAAGAAGAGUGCAAGAGACUCACUCAGAAGUUGGAAGAUUCCGCUGAGAAAUCAAGGUAGGUUAUCUGAGUAGAGUGUUUUAGACAAAAAUAAAAAGAAGGAAAUCAAAACAGCUCAGUGACUUGACCAGAGGUUGGGCCCAGACCUCUCGUAUCCAGUUUGACCACCUGAUAUCCCAUUUUAGUAACUAAGCAAAUUUCCACUACAGAGAUUUCCAUCCCAUAAUACAUUCGGUCGAUAUUUCCACACCUAUUUUCUCUCUGUCUGAUUGUUUUUUCCUGUCUGAUCUGGCCUCUUCCAGAAUACUGUGAAAUCUUUGAAAUCAAUGAUAGGAAAUUUGGUUGGUUGUAUUGUGUUCAUGGUGCAAACUGCUUCAAACUACUUUCUUGCGCUCUCAGUCAGAAAGAGAUUUAUGCUUGAGCAUGUUCUCUAAAUAUUCACCUUGAGUUCCCCUUAAUGAGAUUUGAUUAAAUUUAGUGCCAAGGUACAAGAUGCAAACAAGGAAUGCAGUAAGUUGAAGAAGAAACUUGACGAAUCUGUGGCACGGAGGCGGACUUUAGAGGAACAAAACACGAAAAAAGACAAACGUAUACAUGAAUUGCAGUCUCGUCUCAAACAGAACGACGAGAACACUCGCAAGCAAGUAGAUCAGGUAAAAAAGUUUAGAUAUAUCUGUAUGCUGUUAUCACCUUUUUAUAGGACGUCUCUUAGCAACGGGUGACUGGCAAAAGGAGACCAACAACACCAAAUCAAAAACAAAAUUAAAACCCGAACAAAAAAGGGAAAAAAAAACUAAAAGAAAGAAUUUUUCAUUGUUGGGGAAAAUGAGCAAUACCUGAUUUGAUUCUAUGAUCGAGUUAGGUUGGUUCUGGCUAUUAAGGACAGCAACAACAACGACAACAACAACAACAAAACCAAAAACAAAAACAAAACUAACAACUUCAAAAAAACGAACAAAUUGAUUAUAGCAACUAAACUAUGUUAGAGAUAAGUUAUCAGGUCGGAAAGGUAACAUAAUGAUGCUGGUAUUCAUGGUUUUGUUGUCUGUUCGGUUUAUUAUCAUUCUUAUUAAUGUAACUGUUAAUAACGAUAACAAUAUUAUUAUCAUUGCUAUUGAUAUUUUUGUUAUUGAAUAAUUGAUUUCCUUUUUUGUGAGUAGAUGUGUCAGUUGCUUGCCACACGAAAUAACUUGAUGAAGGAAAGAAAAAUUUUAAGUCAAGAAGUCGAAUUCUUGAGGAAACAGUUGAUCGCGAAGAUACCCUCUGAGCCUGUGACACCCUUUAUGGAGACUGCCAGUAACUCAAGUGCUGAAGAUCCUGGUCGCAUAACCGAAGCGAAAUAGCGUGACGCUUGAUGUGUGGCAUCCAUUGAUCUGCUAUGAACCCUGUUCACAGAUUUAUGCCCAGAGACGAAUUGAAGAAACGUUCCAUAUGAAAAUGAUAAGAUUUUUAAUAUAUAUUAUUAUUACCGUUACUUUUAUCAUCUUUUAGCUCCAGUUUUUCAAAACGUAGCGAGAUCUUUUUUGUAUAUAUCUGCAGGGUUGCUUUUGCUUCUAUUUUUUGAAUAUGAAAACAUCUAUUUUAACUGUUUCAAAAUGGAAAAGAAAGAAAAGAAAAGAAAGCCCAGAAAAAAAGAGAAUCAGUUUUAACACUAAAUACUGUUGACGUUGUUUUUUAUGCCUCAUAUACUUCUUAACUGUACUAAAAGAGAAAUCACCAUAUUAAAAUAACAUAUAGAUUUAGCCAAGCCUAAAAGUAGAGCUCUUGUUAGUUUAUUUUCUAGCCCCUCAUUAUCAUAAAAACUGUAAUAAAACUCUUUAGCACUGACUGCAGGAAAGUUUUUCCAAGGGGAUUAAGAGACCAGUCCAGGGGUUGGGGAGGAAAGGGAAGAAUUGACGAGGUCUGGAACCUGGGGACCACGUUUUCAACUUGCAAGGCGAUCAACACGCAUGCUGCUAAGGACCUUCGUUGUUCUUGAUGUUUUGAGCAAAUUUUCGAAGAUAGGGAAUCUUUUUUCCUUCAGAGAUGCCAACAUCAGUUGAAAUUAUAUUCUUUUGAGCGUGACUGAUAAUUUUGGUUUAGGAAAAUGAGCCAAAAUUGAAAGAAACGAUGGUAAACUACUUCAAGUUUAGACAUCACUCGUCGAUUGAAGAGUAUACAAGUGAUAACAGUGAAUUAGUAAAUCAAGACGCCAGAAUCGCAUGGGCUUCUCUUAUAUCUUCUCUUGAAGUUGUCAGGUAUGACUGCUUGCCCCAUCGUUUUUCCCCUAACGUUUCAACCUCCUCUGUUCCGCGUAAAAGUUAAAAAGAAAAGUCAUUUUCAACUCGUGUUUGAACCUGUAAUUUUUUAAGGUGUAAAGUGUAAUUUUUGGCUAUUGUUGUGUCAUGAUUGUCCUGUGGCUGGAAGUACACGGCAUCUUUUUUGAGAUUCUUUCUGUUAUUCGAUUCGGUAACUACUACCGUAACUACUCAUAGUGUAGGUAUCUUUGAGCCAACUGCCCUUGAUCUCAGCAACUCUAGCAAGUGAAGUACGAAAUUUUGCCUUACAUGUUUCUUGCGCUGCAAAAGUUUGCUUUAAAACAAGACAAGCUAGAAUUAAAAUGUCAUAAUCAAAACUUGAUGGCGAAGAGAGACUUGAUAUUCGAUCGUGAAGACAUUUGUGGAAAACUUGUGAUAAUACCUGGAUUUCAUUUUUACAUCGCAGCAAUCAAUUCCAAACGUCAAUCAAGUUUUCUCUUAAGAUUUAAAGUUGAGUUGAUGUUGUUAUUGGCCAUAUUAAAUGGAUUGAAAAGGUUUAGAUGGUAUUUUCUAGUGUUUGCAAAUAGUUGAAUUUACUGGAAGGU